UUCACACUAAUUGCUGAUUACAACCAUAUAAAAUGUUUACAAUUACCUAUGGGUCGAAUUAUGCGAGCGUCGAACAGCAGGGCUACCGCUAUAUUUAGAGCGACCCUGAGCACCAGCGACCGUGGUCACCGCUACACCGGACUACAUUUACACCCACCCAACUACGUUAUCAUGAUAAACGGGCAUGAGAUACCAGUAAUUCGUACACCAAGACGCGCCAAAACACGUUUUGAAAAUUGUCAAGACUUGUGAGCUGGUACAGCUGCGGAUUGAAUUUGGAGAUCAAAAGACCAUGGCAACUGGUGAUCUGACUAACAAUAUCAGGAAACUUCAGAAAGAACUAAAGAUAAUGAAGUAUCAGGAAAGCUUAGACUUAAACAGUUUGGCGCAGGGAAAGGCCUCAGCACUGCUUCCUAUCUAUCACUACGCCUUUACCACCUACAGCUGUGAAAUCGCAGAACUGAUUGCCAGCACAGACACCGAGUUAUAUACCAAGACAGACCUACGCUUUAUAGAGGGGUGUUACAAGAUUUUGAGAGACUUGUUCCAUUACAAACCUCCAAUAACAAAGGAGCAGUUUUUCAAUAGCGGAUUUGUUGAAAGGAAAAUUAUUAUGUGCACAGACGUGUUGAAACUGGUACAACACAAGAAUAAAUCUCUCCAGCCUCCUAAAAAGGCCUCCACCACUACGACAAGCAGCUUAGGACAGGUGGUCUCCAUGAGGCCAAACAAGACCAAGGUGACUGACCUUACGCAGGUGAGAGCUGAUUCUCAGAGGACGAGACCUAGAUCCUCUAUAGGAAGUUCACAGAGGGAGGGAGGGCAGGACCCAAGGAGUGUGGGCGUGUCCCCACGAUCACUCACAGAUGUGGAUCAACCCCAGGUUGUCAAUGAGUUACUCCAGCCAGUUGGGAAUAUUCCAAGGCAUGUCUCUCACCCAAAAUCAAUUAGCAAAUCUUCAGACAACUAUCCACCAACCAGAGAUGCUGACACAUCAUCCUCUUCGGAAUCUGCAGACAAUGACUAUCGUAUCCAAGAGUCGCCACCAGUUCAUGUAGCCAGUGUGACCUCUCCACCAAGAGUCACAAAGGAGGUGCUACCAUCUGCUGGAAGAGAUGUUAGGGGCUUUAACUGGGCAGUUAUCACACCUAGCAUUGCAAAAACUAAAUCAGCAGUUUCAUAUUCCCAUGAUUUUCCGACACAUUGUCAGUUUGAAUUGGAGGAGGAACGAGAGGAUGAUAUAGAGACCGUUAUUGCUGCCACUCCAGCACAUUCCAUUAUGGAGCCUCCCAAUGGGGUUACCAUGGAGUCAGUAAAAAACUCCAGCAACCAACCACCAGAACCUCAAGCUGUCCAGGAUGAUCAACGCACACUAAAUGAAACUCACAUUCUUAAGGCAAUAGAACAGCUGACCAAAUGUUUUGGGACUCUGGAAUCAGGAUUGACGAGGUCUAUAGAAUCGCUAAACGCUCGCAUGAUUCUUGUGGAAAACCGAGUUUCUAUGAUGGAAUCCAAGAUGGAGGUGGUUUUAACUGGUUCUCAAAAAAACCCGGAGCAGCCUAUACCUCAGUCUAUUAAUCACAGCGUGGAAUCUCAGCAAAUGACAUCUAGAAAUACCGCAGCAAGUGUUCAGAACCAGAGGCAGCAAAGCAAUGUUGUAUCAGAAAUAACCAGACCUUCGAGUAGCUCUAUGCAGAAGAACAGAGCAGGUAAUCCUGUCCAUGUUUCUGGACUGCCAAACAAUCAAAUGGAGCUUCAGCAAAUAUCUACAGCAAAUCAGACGACGGGAAAACCCUCCAGUUUACAGGGUCCUCCACUUCAGUCUGCCUUGUACGAUGAAUCAACCCUGGUCAUGUUUUCACCGAUCCAUCAUGUGACACGACCCCCAAGUCAGGAGAGGACCCCAGACACAACCUUCUGUUCCACUAGUCACGAUACACGAGACCCGAGGUUAUCCAGCACACCAGCACGUAGCACAGUGGAGAUGGACACUCAGUUAGUGCUGGGGGAAUCUAUGAACCUCCAGUCUGGGGAUGUAAACACCCAGGACCAAGUUAACAGAAUUAAAAACCUGUUCAAGUCGACAGAAAUUCUGCUAAAACAAUGAAAUACAGAAGAGCUUGACAAUGACUUUGUGAUAGACUUAAAUAUUUAUAUACGUGUAUAUUUAGAAGAACAUUGGAAUUAAAACACCAUUAUAGCAUAAAUGACUUGUCAAUAAAGUCCUAAAACUGUUAAA